CAGCCGCGGCUCCCUAAACGUCUCUCCUGCACACGCUCGCUCUCGGCCGCGUCUCCGGCUCCUGGGAAAGCGGUCCCAGCCUGCAGUCACCCAGCCUGUCCGCCGGCUCCGCGGAUCAUAAUUCAGUGCAGACUUGAAGAAAAGUUACAAAAUGUCAUACAGACGAGAACUAGAAAAAUACCGGGAUCUGGAUGAAGAUAAAAUCCUAGGAGCACUAACAGAAGAUGAGCUCAGGACACUAGAAAAUGAAUUGGAAGAACUAGACCCUGAUAAUGCACUAUUGCCUGCAGGACUGAGACAGAAGGAUCAGACCACAAAACCACCUACAGGUCCAUUUAAAAGAGAUGAUCUUCUGGAUCAUUUGGAAAAACAAGCUAAAGAAUUUAAGGACCGAGAAGAUCUAGUCCCCUACACAGGAGAAAAAAGAGGGAAAGUCUGGGUCCCCAAGCAAAAGCCAAUUGAUCCUGUUCUGGAAAGUGUGACAUUGGAACCAGAAUUAGAGGAGGCUUUGGCCAACGCAUCUGACGCAGAAUUGUGUGACAUCGCAGCUAUUCUUGGUAUGCAUACGCUAAUGAGCAACCAGCAGUACUAUGAGGCUCUUGGAAGCAGCUCCAUAGUAAAUAAGGAAGGCCUGAACAGUGUUAUUAAGCCAACACAAUAUAAACCAGUUCCUGAUGAAGAACCAAAUUCAACAGAUAUAGAAGAAACCCUGGAACGAAUAAAAAAUAAUGAUCCCAAACUUGAAGAAGUCAACCUUAAUAAUAUCAGGAACAUUCCCAUUCCGACUCUAAAGGCCUAUGCAGAAGCACUGAAGGAAAAUUCAUAUGUGAAGAAAUUCAGCAUCGUAGGAACAAGAAGCAAUGAUCCUGUUGCAUAUGCACUAGCUGAGAUGCUAAAGGUUAAUUCAGUAUUGAAGAGCCUCAAUGUGGAAUCAAACUUCAUUUCUGGAUCUGGUAUCCUCGCCAUGGUAGAAGCCCUUCAACACAAUACUUCAUUGAUGGAAUUGAAAAUUGACAAUCAGAGCCAACCCCUGGGAAACAAGGUGGAAAUGGAGAUUGUGAGCAUGUUGGAACAAAAUACAACUCUUUUAAAAUUUGGAUAUCACUUUACACAGCAAGGCCCUCGGCUCCGGGCUUCUAAUGCCAUGAUGAACAAUAAUGAUCUUGUGAGGAAGAGAAGGCUGGCAGACUUGACUGGGCCCAUUAUUCCCAAGUGCCGAAGCGGCGUGUAGUUUGCGGUGCUGGAGUCUAUGCCUUUAAGUAGGACAUCUGCUGAGAGUUUGUGCUAUAUGGGAGAACCUAUAGAAAAAACAAAACAAAACACCUGCACAGUGUAUUUUUGUGGUUCAGUUCUGUAUUGCAUCUUUAUGCACUAAAUGUUUUUAAGUUAACUAGUGGUUGUAGUUGAAGAUUUUACAAAAUGUGGUUAAUGUGAAGUUUUCUUUAGUCAUAGAAAUUCAAGAUUGUUAUUCUGUAAAAACCUGCUGAUUUCAUGGAAGAGUACAUAAUAGUACCAAAGCGACUUAACCCCACAAAUAAUGUUUAUAUUUUUUUCUGGGUGGUGUUUGGGGUACACUUAGAUUGUAUUAUGCAUGAACAAACAACAUACUGUCCCACAUGGUUUUAGAAGCAUUAUAAAAUACUUUAUUUUAAAACUUGAUCUCAGAUAGUUAGCAAAUAUAACAGUUUGAUAGUCAUUGUUAUGAUUCUCUCUUUAAUUUUAAGAAUUUAACUUCAGAAUUGCAGUCAACAAGCUGAAGAGCUAAAAAAUAUGGAGAGUUUCUAAUUCCUAUAGAAAGGCAAGAGCGAUAAGGCCACAGAUUCUUAACAGCAGUCACAGUUAUUGAAAAACACAAAACAAAGGGAUUUUUUGAGUGUUUGAAAGUGAUUUUUAAAAACUAGAUUAUAAGGUUCAGUUUUCAAAUCUGCCCUUUUCUCUCCCAACCCCAUUUUCCCUUUAAUUUUUCUUUAAUAAAAAUAACUUCUAUGUAUUUAGCCAUGAACAUUAAGUUAGGAUUUUUUUCUCUUUUAUUAAAUGUCAGUUUUAUGAGAAGAGAUGAAAACCUGUAGUCAAAUAAAAUACUAUCUGAAAAUAUUCUUUAUAGUAUGUAACACUGAAGGUCAGAUGGACUAACAAAAAGCAGAAUUAUAUAACCAGGACAACUUAGGGAUAAACUUAUCCAUAGAUUCGAGAUGUUGGGAAAUCUUAUAGAUGACCCAGCUAUCCUAUCUUUUACCUAAAUAAUGCCCAUUUGAUCUGAUUCUAGGUAUGAAAGUAAAAUUUUGGAAGACAAAACCAUCCUUCAGGUCUAGAUGGAUAAAAAAUUGAAAACGGAAAGAAUCUGGCCAAACUAGACUGGACGUGGGCUAUCCGGGAACAACAUUUCUGAAUAUCUGGUUUUGUCACAUUGUAUAUCUCUAGGGAUCAAGCAAAAAUUAUUCUUAAACCUCCUAGUACCAUCUGAUAGAAAUAACGUAAAGCCCAAAAGACCCUGUGCCUUUUCAUAUGCCAUAGUGCCAACUAAAGUAAUAUUUUUAUUGCCUUUGGAAAGAUUUACAAUUUGUGAUUUAGUAACUCUUAAGAGCAUGCCAAAAAGGCUGAAGAGUUCAGUAUGGCUUAUAGAGUUCUGAGAACGGGGAGGAGUUAUUUUUGUUUCAGUGGCCUUUGAAGAAGAAAUAUAUAUAUUUGUAUUAAUUUAACUAUACAAGGUCAUAAUAGAUGGAGUCAGAGUAUUAGCAUUAUGGGAAGAAUAUACAUUUAGUCUCAAAAUUUGGCCCAGAAACGGCACCAUUCUGUAGGGAAUUGUUGAAGCCAUCACUGUAAGCUACAAUAUAACAUUAAAUCAG